AUGGCGGACUCCGCGGUUCAGGAAGCCGAGGCCGGUGUCGCCAAUUUGUUUCUGGACGAGGUCACUGGCGAGAAGGUGUCCAAGUCGGAGUUGAAGAGACGCCAGAAGACCAGAGAGAAGGAGGCCAAGAAGAAGGAGAAGGAGGCUGCUGCUCCUCCCAAGCCCAAGCAGGAGAAGCAGAAGUCUGCUGAGGAGGAAGAAUCCAAUCUGAGUCCCCACCAAUACUUCGAAAUCCGCAGUGCAAAGAUCAAUAAGCUUCGCCAAACCAAGAACCCCGACCCCUACCCACACAAAUUCCAGGUCACCAUUGAUCCUCGACAGUUCCUGACCCAGUACGAAUCGCUGGCAAAGGGCGAGCAGAAGACCGACAUUACCGUGCAGGUCGCGGGUCGUGUUGAGAACAAGCGAUCAUCGGGCAACAAGCUCUUCUUCUACGAUAUCCGUACUGAAGGUAUCAAGAUUCAAGUCCUGGCUCAGGCUCAGCACGCCCAGGGCAAUGUCCCUUUCGAGGAGCAACACGAACAACUCCGCCGAGGAGACAUAAUUGGAAUCAUCGGUUUCCCUGGUCGCAGCAACCCCAAGAACCGCGACGAUGGUGAGCUGUCCAUCUUUGCGACACAAGUCAAACUUCUCGCCCCAUGUCUUCAUGCCCUUCCACGCGCCCUGCACGACCAGGAACUGCGUCACCGUCAGCGAUAUCUCGAUUUGAUCAUGAACCAGUCCUCGCGCAACGUCUUUGUUACCCGCCACAAGAUUGUUAGAUACAUCCGCAAUUUCUUCGAUACUCGCGAUUUUAUCGAAGUCGAGACACCCAUGAUGAACGCUAUUGCCGGCGGUGCCACCGCAAAGCCCUUUAUCACCCACCACAACGAUCUCGACAUGAACCUCUUCAUGCGUAUUGCCCCUGAGCUGUACUUGAAGAUGCUGAUUGUUGGUGGUUUGGAGCGGGUCUACGAGCUUGGUCGUCAGUUCCGUAACGAAGAUGCUGAUCUUACCCACAACCCGGAAUUCACCACUUGUGAAUUCUACUGGGCCUAUGCUGACGUUCACGAUGUCAUGAACCUGACCGAAGAGCUUGUUUCGGGACUCGUCAAGCACGUUACCGGCGGUUACGAGACUAAGUUCGUCACACAACAUGGCGAGACCUACAACGUCAACUGGAAGGCUCCCUGGAGGCGCGUGGAGAUGAUCCCCGCGCUCGAAGAGGCUACCGGCGAGAAAUUCCCUCCUGGCGACCAGCUACACACCGAAGAGACCAACGCCUUCUUGAAGAAAAUCCUGGCCAAGACCGGCGUCGAAUGCAGCCCGCCUCAAACAAACGCCAGAAUGCUCGACAAGCUCGUCGGCGAAUUCAUCGAAGAAACCUGCAUCAACCCAACCUUCAUCAGCGGCCACCCCCAAAUGAUGUCCCCUCUUGCCAAAUACCACCGCUCAGACGUCGGUCUCUGUGAGCGAUUCGAAGCCUUUGUUUGCAAGAAGGAGAUUGUCAACGCCUACACCGAGUUGAACGACCCAUUCGACCAGCGUCUGCGUUUCGAGGAACAAGCCCGCCAGAAAUCCCAAGGUGACGACGAAGCUCAGCUUAUCGACGAGAACUUCUGUACGAGUCUGGAAUACGGUCUCCCGCCCACCGGUGGCUGGGGCAUGGGUAUUGAUCGUCUUGUUAUGUUCCUGUCGAAUAACUACAGCAUUAAGGAGGUUCUCACCUUCCCUUUCAUGCGGGAGGAGGCUAAUGAGAAGAAGCCCACUGCUGCUGAGGUUGUUGGUAUUGAACCACAGCCGGAAGAAGGCAUUCCACACAAAUAG